AUGGCUUCAUCGUCAUGUUCUUCUGUAAUUCCCGGGUUUAUCUCCAACAAAAGAAAUUUGACUUACACUCUCUCUCGCCGUAACGUCACGCGUCACUUAACGCCGCCGUGCAAUGUCGGGAGGAAAUUCGGGCUUUAUUUGAAGAAGAAGAGUAGCAUAAUUGUCAGUGUAAAAGGAGAUGCGUUACAGUACAGAAAACUUGGGGAUUCCGACCUUGUUAUUAGCGAAAUCACUAUGGGCACUAUGACAUUUGGGGAGCAAAAUACAGAGAAGGAGGCUCAUGAAUUGCUUAGUUACUCGUUUGAGAGCGGUAUUAAUGCUAUAGACACUGCAGAAAUGUAUCCAGUUCCAAUAAAAAAGGAGACACAAGGAAGGACAGAUCUUUAUAUUGGUAGCUGGUUAAAGUCUCAACCUCGAGAUAAGUUUUUUNUGGCCACGAAAGUUGCUGGUUACUCAGAGCAAACAUCAUACUCGCAAGAUGAUGCGAAUUUUGUGCGAGUAGAUGCUGUUAAUAUAUGGGAAAGUAUAGAGAAAAAUCUUAAACGUCUCAAUACGGAUUACAUUGACUUACUCCAAAUACAUUGGCCAGAUCGCUAUGUUGCAUUAUUUGGUGAAUAUCUCUAUGAUCCUUCAAAAUGGAGGUCCAGCGUGUCAUUUGUUGAGCAGCUGAGGGGGUUUCAGGAACUCAUCGAUCAGGGAAAGGUACGCUACAUUGGUGUUUCCAACGAAACUUCAUAUGGAGUAAUGGAGUUCGUUCAUGCUGCUAAAAAUGAGGGACUACCAAAGAUUGUCAGUAUUCAGAACAACUAUAGUUUACUAUUGAGGUGCCAGUUUGAAAUUGAUCUUGUCGAAGUAUGCCACCCGAACAACUGCAAUAUUGGCUUACUUGCUUAUUCUCCACUGGCCGGUGGAUCACUGACAGGAAAGUAUUUUGAAACUGAUUCUGAAGCUGCACAAAAAGGAAGGUUUAACUUAUUUCCUGGCUACAUGGAAAGAUACAAUAAGUCUGAUUCUAAGACCCUCACCGCGGACUCUAUUGGGACUUUCGCUAGCAAGCUUCCAGCGAAGCAAUGGUUUGGCGGAAGGGUGAGGCUUGGCCAUAGGAACUAUCCAGGUUAA